AUGGGGCACCUGGGGUGGCAGGACAGGCUCAGAGCUGGGACAGGAGCCCUGUAUCCCUGCACCGGGGACAGUGUCCUGGAACUGGCCCUCAGUUCCUGGCUUCACCUGCACAGGAUGGAGGAGCUGGGCCUGCAUCCUGCUGACCACCAGGUGUACUUUGGACAGCUGCUAGGCAUGUGUGACCAGAUCAGCUUCCCGCUGGGCCAGGCCGGCUACCCCGUGUACAAGUACGUACCCUACGGCCCCGUGAUGGAGGUGCUGCCCUACUUGUCCCGCCGUGCCCUGGAGAACAGCAGCCUCAUGAAGGGCACCCAUCGGGAGCGGCAGCUGCUGUGGCUGGAGCUCUUGAGGCGGCUCCGAACCGGCAACCUCUUCCAUUGCCCCACCUAG